GGUCGUUUACAAGUCUUAAAAGUUGAAGUGAAUGGAUAAUGACUACCGAGAUUUAUUUCCGUUUUUCUUAGCCAAAGCUAUGAGGUUAGGUAGUAUUUGGAAACAAAUACAUGCAGCUGUAACCUUACGGACAUUUCUUUCAAAUUGUUGAGCAAUACCUCAGUGGAUGACAUGAAACAAGAGAUCCAUCGAAAAUUGUUUACUUGAAGUCUGAAGCGUUUGAAACUUAAUCUAUGCUGAACCAACUGUCCAACAUCUGACAACCGAUGGCAUGUGAUUGGUGAAUUCGCACUUGACUUAUCAAGAUUAAUUAGAGAGUUCAAGGUAAAAUUUUGUCUGGUUUGGCGAUUUCGCACGCAGUGUCAGUAGUGUUCGUUGAUCGUAUAACUGGAAUUAAACAGGAAGGCUUUUUCGGCAUAGAGUUUGGUAAGGAAACAGUGAGGUUAGGGAGACAAAGUCAACAAAGAGUCCGCCAAAUUGAUUGAAAACUUACACCAUAAAGGAGUUAGUGCGGAGCUUGGACACGAAGAAGUCACAGUUUCAACGGAGCCAUGUUUGCUGUCAAAGAGGAGCGCACGGUUAUAGGAGGCGUUGAAUUGGCGAGGAAGACAGUAGUCGCGGCUACAGGGGAGGGAAUUAUCAACAGGGAAUACAUAGAAGCUCGAAGAGAGGUAGAUUUGCCUGGAAGUGUUCCUGCUGUUGCAUAUCCAAGCGCACCUCCCGCUCUGCCUCCACCCCCACCCCAACCCAUGAUAACAGCCCCCCCAUCGCCAAAAGGGUUUAGCUGGAUGGAGUGUUGCUUCAAGUGUGACGAUCAACACGAAUGGUACCAACUAGGCGGGAAGGGUUUUUGCUUUGUAUUGUUACUUCUCCUGGCUUAUGUGGUCGCUGGAGGUCUUAUACUUGCAUAUUUCGGUGUGUUGUGUAUAUUUGCAACCCUCCUAGACUGUGACUGUGACUGACAUUUGACUAUAUCAGUCUAUAUUCUUUCUAUAACAAGGAGUUUCAUCAGUAUUAAGCGGUAAAAUCGCGUCAAAAAAUUAGAACGCAAUACUUGAACUUUAUUUUGAAAAUCAUUAUGUAGAAAUUGUGAUUUUGGAAAUUAAAACGCAAAACUUAGCAUAAUUUAUAACUUAAUGCUGCAGAAAUGACAGCAGAUGUCAGCUGGAAAAGUUAUGUCGAGCACCUAACCCACCCUUUCUUAAGCAGUACAUUGCAUUGGUGGUUUUCAUGUCAGUGUUCCAUUCGCCAACAAGUGGCAAAGGACUGGUAUAAGAUAAGUAUUUGAGAAGUAAAGGAUUAGCUCUUGUCUGUUUUGUCUCGUUCUGAAGAGCACGACAGCAGGAAAUUAAGUUACCGGUAAGUUGAGUUUAAGGUCAUUUGGCUCGGUAAAUCAGUCUUUUCACAUCUUUUAUUUUUGAUUUGUACUCAAUUAAGAUGCUAAGCGAAGAUUGUAGCUCCAGUUGAAUUUCUGUCAAGGAAACGACCAAAUAAGAAACGUGAACGAGCAAGGAAUUUCUUCCGUUAACCACAGCCGUGUACACAUGUCAUAUGCUUAGAAAAUUCUUCGUAGUCAACUGCACUAUAACUUUAGCAAACCCUGCGCAUGUGCAAGAGUCGUUGCUCAGCUUUUCCCUGACAGACCUGUAAUCAACAACAUUGUGGUACAACGGAAAAUAAAUAAGUGGUAAUUCAUUGAUUCCUGGUUUGCGUUUCUCUAUCGUCUGUAAGCAUAAGUUCAAACGUACUACAGACAUAAACAUAGAAACACUAGUGUCCUUUCUAAAUAGUUUGGUUAGUUUCGAAACUUAGCCAUGUCACUCAUGUGAACUAGGCUUAAAGCGAUCGAAUGGAGAUUAGUCUUUCAAACGAUUAAAAAUUUGUUGACACUGUUAUGUGGUUUGGCUGCCUGCCUGUUCAGUCACCAACUCCCACGACGGAUCGAUAGCGUUCCCGUGAGCCUUUGUUUACGCUCGGAUAAGUGUGCUUAUCAGCUGAUGUUUCAUUCAGACGAUUCCAACACUCAGAUGACCUCCUCACGUUCCGUUCAAAUAUUUUCGGUGUUUUUGCCUUACAGGUAUUGCAUUGGAGUAUUAAAUGCAAGGGAGAGACCAUCAUAUUUCCAAGGAGAAGCGGGUCAUGAUAUUAAUGUUUUAUCCUCACGUUGAGCAAGAUUUUCAUUUGGAAUUAAGUACGACGCUUGUGCAUGAUUUUUAAAAAGUCGCAAUUAGAGUAGAAAGUAUGCAAACAUGAACAGAGUAGAAACUGUUUGCUCGAUUUUUGCCCUUGUGGCUUCCCUUUGAGCAAAUUAUACCGCAGUUUUUAUAGCGUGUGAAGUUUCUUUCGUUAUACUUGCCUAACCAAUUGCGAACCUCUUGCAGUCUAAUCUUUGCAUUUCGCCUGACUGAGCCUUUAUACGCUUUAUCUUAGCAAGGUCACGCAUUAAAAGCGGGACAAGAGACUUUCAUGGAAUACAAAGUUGCAGGAACCCUUGAUGUGAAUCGGAAAUAUCUUGAAAUUUCCACUGGAUUUCGGCUAUUUAGGAACAAGUUUUAUGGUUGAAAUGGACGAUGGAAAAGAUACCACAGGCGUUUUGGCUGUUGGUGCAGAACACAACGCGGAAACGGCUUUCAAUUCAUUGCCACUAAAAACAGCUGAAUGGUCAGUGUCUAUGACCCAUAGUGUCAUUUAGAAAAAAUAAUGUUACAUCUGUUUUUCUAGCUCCUUCUCCUCUGUUUCAAGAAAGUUGAUACAUUUUGCCGUCAGUUUCCGCGAUACUCAUCAGUUUGUGGCCAUCAAUAUAUAGUCGAUUGAAAUUAACUAUAAUAACAGAUCUGCCAAAGAUUAUGUGUUCAGCGAUUAUAGUAACUUCCGGAGUAUCCACCCGGAAACUGAUUAACUUCACGUCUGUCCAUUUCAAUGAGUUCUUAAUCAAAAUUUGGAGAAGUGCACGUAGAGGGUGUGGCUUUCAAAUGACAUUCCACCAACUGAUGUCACUCACGUUUCCUCCACAACUGGGGUUUGAAGACUGAUCUUGACCAUUUAAAACCGAAUCCACGCAAGCACUGGCUUGCAUUGAUCGAAGAAGUUGUGAUAAAUUUCUCAAUCAUGCCUCAGCCAGCUACUGGGUUUCCACUGGAGACAUUUAAGCCUUGGAGCAUAAUCAUAUGAAUGACUGUUGAUGAUCUUCAAAGUGUUGUUGUGUAGAAUUGUAUAAAUCAGUCCUAACGAACUUGAUGUUGUUGUGCUUUUAAUGUUGGCGAUGUUCAAGUUAUGACUGUGGAACCGACGAGGUAAAAAUGCCGAUUUCUGUGUCAUGGUUAAUUAGAUCAUGAUGCCAUCGAGAUGGACAAGCAAUUGGCACAGUUGUCCUCGUUCUCUACCAACAAUUUAUUCCACUCCAAGGAUUAUCGCCCUGCGUAACACCCUCGGUCAUUAGCAACGUUGUAAAGAUGGAAGUAAAGAAGAAGCUGACCUUCAAUGACUUCUGUACACCUAAAAGCGGCCAGCAGGAAUUGUUGAGAACUUUCACAACACCCAGUUUGAAUCCCCGUAAGCUACCACUACUUAUAUGCAUAGCCUUCUGUUGUGUUUCGCGGAUUUAGGUCAGACGAAAAACUACAACUCAAUACAAACUCAACGUCUAUAUUUUCAACAUGGCGCUUCUCAAAUCUACAAGGUACACACAUGGCAUGCGUGCGCAUAUGUGACAGAUACCGCGGGCCGGCAUGCCCGACAUAGCACUUUAAAAUGACAGCACAUUUAAUAAUUUUUUAUUUAUUUUUGUUUUCAGUACAACGGUCUCUGCAUCAUCAUAUCCCAGCCCUGCUGUCAGUGUCGCUUCCCCAUCCAGUGACUGCAGUGGUGAGAUGUGCUGUAUGUUUUGUUUGGAGUGCGUUACAUGCCUUUGGGAAUGCCUUUGUUAUCGGUGCGAGAGGAUGAAAGAAUGUGCUGACUUUUGGGAGACAUUUUUGCGUUGAUUUUUCGUUGUGCACUCUUUGUGAAUUAGUUCAAAGGUGUGACUAUCCGAAAAGGAAGAAACAAGAGCUUGAUCUUCCUCUGUUUCGUCGACAUUUCGGAGUUUCCUUUGCACAAAAUUUCCAUCCAAAGUACGAUAGUAAAGCUUCUACCUUUUGAUUAUAUCCAUUAACCUCUGUAACAGGAUGAUUAUCACACUUUAAAGACUCAAUAAGUCAGUGCUAUUCAUACUAAGUCACGCUAGGUGACACUGUCACGUAAGCCCACGCUCGGCUGUCUUCCUCUUGCGCGGGCUUGUCUCGCUUCAAAUUCAUGUAACGAGAUAAACGCUAUUUACUGUAUGGUCGUUUGAUCUAAAACAAUGCAUAAUAAAUUCAACGCUUAGAUUUGAAACUUAACUUUUGUCAUCAUCAAAACUGUUGCUAUUACUAUCUUUACUAUGUCAUCAAUGACUUGAUUAAACAUGUCAUUUAU